GGGGGAAAGGGGAGACAGAGGAUGGCAAGAAGAUGCCUGUAAAGACUGGGAGCCGAUCAGGGCAAAGCGGCCGGGGUGCUGGCUCCGGCUCUGGAGUUCUGAUGGUUGGACCAAACUUCAGAGUAGGCAAGAAGAUUGGCUGCGGGAACUUUGGAGAGCUACGACUUGGCAAGAAUCUUUACACCAAUGAAUAUGUGGCCAUAAAACUGAUACAGAACAUGUGCCUCAGGUGUUUUACUUUGGACCAUGUGGCAAAUACAAUGCUAUGGUUCUGGAGCUGCUGGGACCAAGCCUAGAAGAUCUGUUUGACCUCUGUGACAGGACAUUUUCUCUAAAAACUGUUCUUAUGAUAGCUAUACAGCUGGUAACUCGUAUGGAGUUUGUUCACACCAGGAACCUCAUCUAUCGCGAUGUGAAGCCAGAGAACUUCCUGGUUGGCCGACCAGGCUUUAAACGGCAGCACAACAUUCACAUUAUAGACUUUGGUCUGGCAAAAGAAUAUAUAGACCCAGAGACAAAGAAACACAUUCCAUAUCGGGAACACAAGAGUCUGACUGGAACUGCCAGAUACAUGAGCAUCAAUACACAUAUGGGGAAAGAGCAGAGCAGACGGGAUGACCUGGAAGCUUUAGGCCACAUGUUUAUGUACUUUCUACGAGGCAGCCUGCCAUGGCAGGGACUAAAGGCUGACACUCUGAAAGAACGCUAUCAGAAGAUAGGAGACACAAAGAGAGACACACCGAUAGAGGCCUACUCCUAUUGGUCCAGUGACUACAGAGACCCCACUUCAAACAGGCAACAGAGACAAAGUACCACAGACCAAAAACCAGGGAAUGAGUUCAAACAAUGGAGAGUUGAACACAGAUGACCCCACUGCUGGACACUCCAAUGCACCAAUUACAGCCAAUGCAGAGGUGGAAGUUGCUGGUGAAAUCAAGUGCUGCUGUUUUUUUAAAAGAAGAAAGAGGAAAGCUCUGCAGAGACACAAAUAGGAGGAAGAAGUCACCCCCCUUUUCUCUCGCAGUUUUCCAUAAACUUAUCCCGUAACCUGUGCUGAUGGAAUCAGUCAGCUGAUCUUCUGCCGUUUACGGCUCUGGACUGAAGGGACAGAGAACAAUUUUCACCUCAGAGUUUAAAACUUGGACUGGCUGAACUGGUGGAUUCUCAGUGUUUUUUUACAUCCAUAGACCUGAAUGAAGACAAAUCAACACAAUGACCAUGGCUGUAAAAACAGCUUGGACUCUGUUGCUUUACUGGCAAACUGACUUGUUUUAUUUUAUGUUAAUUUUUGUUGUUGUUGGUUUUUGUUCUUCUUUACUGACUGGCUCAGACAAGAGAGAGGAUUUACAAAAGCAAGGGACACAAUGAAGACUGUCUUUGCAAACAGAACACAACACACUUUGCACACUUCCAUCGAGUUCUUCAUAUGAAGUCUCCCUGGACAUGGAGAUGUUUUUUUUUUUCACUUUACCUAAAAAGUUUUAAAUUUCCUUAGUGGUCUGGUUUUAAAGAAGCCUCUAUUUUCUCAUUCACCCUCAGAAGGAAUCCCUCACAAGCAGAAUUAAAGAAUUUUAAAAGAUGUGUAUGUAAAAUCUAGACUUUACCCUCAUUCUAAUUUGUAACAGACUGUUCAGUUUUAAAUCAUUUUUUUCCUUUCAGUUCAGAAGGUUUUUGUAAUUUGUGUUCAUCAUAUGUAUUUUUAAGCAACUUUUACUUUUUUUUUUGCUUUGUUUUUUUCCUCUGUCUUCGGAUAGGAACAUAAUGGCAUUAAACACAAACAAAAGAAAGUGAUCUUUUAUUUAAGUGACUGAUGUGUAAAAAAGGCAAGUGUUAAUUCAACAAUAGUUGAUCUAUAACAUGUUUAGAACCCUUAACAAAUUUAGUUUAUUAUUAUUAUUAUUAUUGGUGAAUUAUUGAUUUUUUUCUCACUAUUCACAUUUACUAGAAAUUUAACAAAAGUUUGUUUAAUAAAACAUGGCAUUCCUCAAAGGAAGGCAUAUUGCUGCUACUCCCGCUCCAAACAUUAGCUUAAAAUUUGUAAAAUCUGCGUCAUUUUUGUGUUUCUGAAGGAGGAGGUUGAUGUGGAAUGACUCCAUGUCUUGGUCAGUGUUUAUAUGUACAUCCAAUGAUUACCUUAUGAAAGUUUCAUUAAAAAAAUCUGUCCAGCGGUGCAUGA